AUGCCUGCUUUUCAGGCCAUCAACAUCGAGGCCGAGGAAAACGUCGACGAAAAAGUCGACACAACCAAGGAGCUUCACGUCGACGAGGCCCUUAAGCGCUUCCAGGCCGCCUUGAAACUCCACGCCCAAGGCCCUCGAUCCCGCGAAGCCGCCGGCGCCGCCUACGAAGAACUGUUCGAAUCCAAGAUCUUCGAGUACCAAGAGGCGAGGAGCGACUACGAACGAGCUGAACGUCACGCAGAAGGCCGACCCGAGCUCACGGCGCUCGAGUCCUUCUGGGCCGGGCUCAGCAUUGACGCCGGCGGUGAAGCAGAGGGCGUUGCGGCCAAUCUUUCCCAGGCGCUCUAUAUUUCAUACAAAAACUACGGCCAGUUUUUUCUGGACAAGAUCAAGGAUGCUUCCAGUCGCAGUGCCGAGUGGAGGACCAAGGCACGAAUUCGCUACCAUGACGACGACGCAAACAAGGUCAUGGAUAACUGGUCGGCCGCCCUGGACCAAGACCCGUCGGACCCCGAGCUAUGGAGAAAGAUGGGCCGCUUUGCGGCCUCCAUGAACAGCGGCAGGAUCAAGCGCUAUUGCUUGGAAGCCGCCGUCGAGCUGGACGACGACCCGGCGGUCACAGAAAUCAACCCCCCCUCGCUCGCCGAAGGAUUUGCGGGAGAGCAGCUCAAGGACUACCUGAACGUUCUUGACGAUUCCAUUGCAAUAUCGCACCCAGUCAUGGCUCCAUGGAUGGACAAGGCGAUUCCCGAUUGGUUCAAACGACACAUCGAUCCUAUUUCCACCUUGCCUGAUCCCACCGCCACUCUGACACCGCCGCCUUCAAGUCCCUUGCUCAAGCCCAUCGAUGGCGCCGAUACCGAUGAAACACUUCCAGAGGCUAUAUCGUCGUGGACCGACUUUGGAAUGGAGUUGCUCAAGUGCCAAAACGACACCGACGGCGCCCUGCGUGCCUGCCGGCUGGUUUUGAAGGCAGCACUGGACAACAAGAUGGACGUGGAUACAGAAAGCAUCAAAGAAACAUCCCAAGAUGCAGAGAAGCUCGCGAGUUUGGAAAUAAAGGCAGGGGGUGACGUGAAAAUGAUGGACGAGGCAGAGCGACAGGCCACCCGCCCGACCGACGAUGGCUCGAAACGUUCGGAUCCUCCAAAAGACGGCGAAAGCUCCUCCAUGUCGACGAGAAAACGAUCGCAAUCCACGGCCGGCCUGCAAGAUGGAGCGGAGGAAGAGACCGGUGCCGAGAAGAGAAGCAAGCGGGUACGAAGGAGAACGGAGGCCAGGGAUGCCGAGGAGACGACGGACCCCAGCGUUUUAAUCGCCAACCAGAUCAAGCCUUACCAAGAGGCUGAUUUAAACCUCUUUCAGACAACGAAAAGUAUGUUUGAAAGUCUUGGCAUCGACGACAAGGAUACACUCGGUUGCUUGCAAGAACUCUUGGAGUCGUGUGCCACCGAGGACCGGACGUCGACGAUAACUCGACAAGCUGGCAAGGACCUGCGAAGCGUCAUGACAGGUUUCAGCGAGGAGACAGCGAUGGUGCUUCUGAACAAGAAGGAACAAGCGACGUUGGGUUUGUCCUCGUUCCUCGAACACACCAAGUCAGGUUCGCAGGAGGAACCCGCGGUGCCGACUUUCGGCGAAGCCCAAGGACUUGGACAGUUUGCCGACAUGGUGGUCAAGCAUGACAGUUGGAUGACAAGUGACGACAUCUCCUUUGAGUGGGUGCGAGCCUUUAGCGAGUCAUACGCCACCAGCAAAUGGCCAGACCCGAUCAAAGUCGCCGUCGUUCAAAUGCUCAAUCGCGUCGAUCCCGUUCUGCACCAACGCAUCACUGACGAAUUGGAGCUGCAUUCCGGAUCUCCCGAGAAACUGGUGCGUCUGGAAGCGCUCAUCGAAAUGUUAUUCGAGCUUCACAUCGACAUAUACGAGCGAAUCACGAACCCCAGCAGUGUCGUCGAUUAUGCCACCCGCAUGUCAACCAAGUAUCGCCUCGACAGAUGGCUAGAUGUUGCCUCGACGUACGUCCGUCUUCAGGGCCGACCUAGCACGGACCCUCUCUGUGUGCGCUUUCUAUGGGGGUCGGUCAUGACGUCCUCCUUGGCCGAGAAUCCUGCCCGGGAGCACAUCCGGCUGCUGUGGACAUCGCUACGAGACUUCUUGUCUGCACAUCCUGAGAUCCAGGCCAUAUAUCUACCAAACAACGUGGUCAUGCCCACUAUCUCGACCGCAGCGGCUGACCGAGAGAUAUCGAAACUCACUACCAUGGACUUCUUCCUCGGUCUUUUCCAGGAAGAAGUGGAGGAUCCUGUCCAUGUGAUCGAAACUCUGGAGCCCGUUCUCAAUCCCUCCUCCGUCUUCAUGUCCGCGAAAUCGUCAGAUGGCGUUUCCGAUGACGAUGCAUCGACGGAUGCCGAGGUGCCGGCAGGCCUGCCAUUAUCGGAAUGUGCCGCCCAAGACAUGCGUGAUCUGUGGAAGUUUCUUGACGGCAGCAGUACCGAGCUACGGCUCUUCCUGUGGUCGCGGCUUGGGGACGCGUACGCCUCCAUCAAGUACCCUACGAAAAGAUUUUCCUGUCUUCUGAAGAGCAUCGAGCUGAUUGUCACUGACCUCGAGAGUGACACGUACGCGAAGACGCCAGACGGCCCCCGGAAGCUCCUCUUCAUGCGAACCCUCAAAACGCUCGACGACCUCCUCAUUCAGGCAUUGACCUCGGGACUCAAUGACGGCAAUGCAUUCGACAUCAUCGAUGACGAGCAUCUCAAGUCGAGCGCCUGCGCCAUCGCCAAGGUGAGCUGCAUGCUCCAUGUUGCGCCGUUGUGCGAAGACGAAGUCCGACUCGGCAUGGCCACCGCACCGUCGAACAACAGCACGUUCAUGUCCCUGGUAAACAAGUUGCGCGAGAUGCAGGUCCGUUCUUGGUCCCUGCAGUAUGCCAUGCUCAAGGCCGGUCUGCGAGAGGAUGUCGAUUCGCGUCAGAACGACUUGACCGAAUUCCUUGCCGUCGUCCACCAGGCCAUCGGCUUGCGCAAGUUCUGCAAGUCGUCCAACAAGGUAUUCCUCAAGAUGAUGCGCCUGGAGCUGCUCAAGUUCGACAGCGUCGAGACGUGGGAGGAUCACCUUGGGCAAGUCGUCUACGACCUCAACGGAUUGAAGCUGGGCGUGGGUAUUGGUGAGGUGCAGGACCACGGCUGUCCGUAUGAGAAGCUCGAAAAGCGACAAGCGAUGCAGCUGGUGAAAAGAGUCAUGUUCCUUGCCAACCGCAUGCCGAUGAAGGAUCUUCUCAAGUCGGAUUUGAAGACGACCAUAGAACACAUGCAGCAGACCAUCGGGCAGCCAAAGUCGACGCCGCAGAUGAUUCACAACCUGCGCAGCUUCACCGAGUUUCUCAAGAAGCCUAUACACCCCUUGCGCAUAUACCAGGCCCUGUCGGGCGGCGUGACCGCAGACUCGGUCGGCGCCAACAUACCCGAGGCCGUCCUGGCCAAGCACGGGUGGUUCUUCCUCCUUGGCAUGAUUGCCCUGACAAAGUUCAAGGGUGUCGAGUUAAACCGCCGGCAGACGCCCGGUGCUACGGAUGAUUUGCGAAUCGGCGCCACGUUUUUGAGAUUGCAGCUGCAGUUUACCGCGGACAACUGGGAAUCCUGGUUCCGUCUCGCCGAGUGCUUCGACUACGAGCUCGACGAAUCGGUGCUGUGGUCGGCUGACAAGAUGAACAAGGACCGCGCAGAGCUGGUCAAAUUCCAGCGCAGCGCCAUCCACUGUUACACUCUGGCCUUGUCCCACUCACGACACAUAGAUAUUGCCGUAACCGACGGUGACCCUCUGCAUGACUUGUACCACAAGUUCGCUAUGCGCAUGUACUCAUCCAGCCGGGAGCCGUUUGCCAUGGAGCCGUUUCAGCAUUCUGACCAAGAGCGCUUCUUCAUCGAGAGCAUGGGGGCGGGCACGUUCAAGAAUAUCAUUCACGAGCAAAUGUCCGACUACAAGGUCUGGAAGUUCGCCGCCCAGCUCUUCCGGAUGGCCAUGAAGAGGAACCCAAGAAACUGGAAAAAUCCAUACAUGCUCGCUAAAUGCUACUGGAAGAUGUAUAAAACCCCUUCGGAGAAAUUGGACAAGUCGGACAAGCCUGUGGAUAGAAAGGUUGUCAUUGACAGCCUUAAAAGGUCAAUCGAGGUGGCCAUGGGCGAGAGGCGGUCGCGCAGUAGCGAUCCGAUCCUGGAACCUCACUACAAGAUGGCCUCGGUGUUGCACAAAAUGGUGACGCAGGGCGACAUGCCCGCCAAAGACGCCGCGUCGAUCCUCUCCGAACAGCCGUUUGGCGUUGCCGUCAACCCGGAGGACCAUUACGCAUCCUUCUUGGAGACGGCGGACUGGGAAGAGUACAUCAUACCCAACUUAAUCAAGCUCAAAGACAAGGACAAGUCCAACUGGCACCACCGGAUUGUUAUUCGGCAUGCCAGAAUCGUUUUCGACGAGGCCAAUCUCAACGAAAGCAACGACGGCCAGGUGGAAGCCCAGGCGGCCUUUACCAUCCUCAGAGAAAACAUGUUUACCAAGACCAUGGUGAUGAGCUUUAAAGUUGAGCCUGCGUCCGACGACGCGUUCAAGUCGCUGUCGAACGAGGAGUUUGAGAUCAUCGGCGAGAGGAUCAGCACGUGGGCGGCCGGCGACGGGCCACACAUUGCAGCGCUUAGUUGCAUGAAAGAAGCCGUCGAGCUGAAGAAGCUGAACUCGAACCUCAUGAAGGUGACGCCGAUCGACGAUCUGAUUAACGACUGCUACACCACCAUCUAUCUCGAUAUCGCAGGUAGCCUUCCCGGCAUGGAGCCAAGCCGCGUCAUAGCCGAGCGAAACCAGGCGAAGGAGAUCGCAGCGCAGCUAGAAGCCGUCGCGCAGGCUGACGCGAAGCAACCCAAGUCGACUAGCGACACGCCGCAUGUGAACAGCGGCCAGAACGGCGUGACGGAGACGGCGACGCCACUUGAUGCCGAAAAGGCGGAAACCGUGCCGCGAGCGCGGCGGGCAGUUAGGAGACCAGAUAUCCUGCGCAAGGCCGAGCAGGCCGUCACCCGUGCGAUGGAUACGCCCAAGACAGCGUCCAAGAGUCGAGUGAGCAGCGUGACGAGCAAGCGAGGCAGCCAGACGCCCGCUGCGGCUGUGAGCGGUGCUCGCAGCGACGAUGACGGGCCAGACGCACAGGUCCGCCGGGAGGCAGGGGAGGACUUUGAUGAAGGGUUGCGCGAUGCGGGAACACGCAAAGGCUCGCGAGCUAGAAGGGAUACGGCACUAGGCAGCGGCCAGGACUCGGCGGACGACAGUGACCUUAGUGAUGUCCCCGAGGGAUAUGACGAAGACGUCCCGCCAGGUCUUUUGUUUCCGAAUCUCGGCCGCUCCCGGCCGAACGGGGGGAUGAGUGGCGAAGAAGCUGACAGCGAGAGCGAAGGGGAUGAGGAGGUUGAGGAGACAAUGGAGCAGAAAAUCGACCCUCUUGGUCUUCACAGAGGGCACGACGGCCGGGAGGAGGAAGAGGAGGAAGCAGAAGGUGACGAGGAGGUCGAUGAAGUAGUUGGGGAAGAAGGUAAUGAGGACAUCAACGAGGAAGCCGAUGAAGAAGUCGACGAUGAGGUUGAAGAGGAAGUUGAAGAGGAUGACGAAGAGGAUGAAGAGGAAGCAGGCGAAAAAGCUGCAGAAUUACGUGAAGGUGUAGACGAAGGCGAUGGCGAUGAAGGCGAAGAGGGAGGCGAUGAGGAAGGCGAAGAGGAAGGCGAAGACGAUGAUGGAGACGAAGAGGACGAGGACGAAGCGGAAGACGAAGUGGAUGAGGCAGACGAAGUGGAAGAGGGAGAGGAAGACGAAGAGGAUGAUGCAGAUGGAGAGGGGGAUGGAGACGGAAACGGAGAUGAAGACGAAGACGAAGACGCAGAUGAUGGAGAUGAAGACGAAGAGGAUGACGACGAGAGAGGACAAGGCGAUGACGAAGGUGACGAUGAAGGCGAUGGGUCCGAAGGCGAAGAGGUUGGCCCCGAAGACAUCGAGAUGACGGACGCAGUUGGAGAGCGGGAGUCAGAUACUGAGAGCUGCGUGUGA